AUGGGUCAGAGUCAGUCAACGGGCUCAAACAAAGCUGACGCUGGUCAAGAAGCCGAGCAUCGUGUUGACUACUACGAGCUCCUAGGAGUAGAACGAGAUGCAGCAGACGAUGAAAUAAAAAAAGCAUACAGAAGAAAGGCCCUCGAACUCCACCCAGACCGAAACUACGGCCAAGUCGAAGCAACCACAAAACUCUUCGCCGAAGUCCAAUGCGCUUACGAAGUCCUCUCCGAUCCUCAAGAGAGAGCAUGGUACGAUUCGCACCAGUAUGCAGAACUGCCCGAGGAUGGACCAGCAGCUGGUCAGGGUCAACAACCCGCUUCAGGGGGAUUCAAAAUGACCGCCUCCGGUAUCACGAGUUUAGUCAUGAAUUUCAAUCCGCAUAUGGAAUUCUCGGAUUCUCCGCGUGGAUUUUUCGGUGGUCUACGAGAUAUCUUUGAUCAAAUCGCGAUGGAUGAAGGGAUAGCGUGUCGAUGGGAUGGGUCAGUGCCCGUGGAUUAUGCCAGUUUCGGGGCCAAGGAAGACUCCUAUGAGGAUGUCGUACGCCCGUUUUAUGCGGUGUGGACGAGCUUCUCGACCAAGAAGUCGUUCGCAUGGAUGGACAAAUACAAAUACAGCGAAGCCCCCGAUCGAAGAAUUAGGCGGUUGAUGGAAAAAGAGAACAAGAAGAUGCGCGAAGACGGGAUUAGGGAGUACAACGACGCCGUUCGCUCGCUAGUCGCCUUCGUCAAGAAACGUGAUCCGCGGUACAAGUCCAAUAUUCAGACAGAAGCGGAAAGACAGCGCAUGCUCCGCGAAUCUGCGGCUGCACAGGCAGCGCGUUCGCGUGCUGCGAACCAGGCCAAGAUGCAGGACCAUGUCAUCCCUGAGUGGGCACAGACCCAUGAAUCACUACUGGGUGAGGAUGAGCAUGAAGGGCAUUUUUUCAGUAGCUCUGAAUCUGAGGUUGAGCAUUUCGAGUGCGUUGUGUGCAACAAGUUAUUCAAGAGUCAGAAGCAGUUCGAGGCCCAUGAGAAAAGUAAGAAGCAUAUCAAGGCUGUGAAGCAGUUGCGGAAGGAGUUGUUGCUUGAGGGUGAGGAGCUUAAUCUUGAUGCGGAUGAGGAGCUGGAGGUGAAGCUGGUUGGAUUUAAUGAAGAGAUUAAUCCGAUACCUGCUGAGAAGGUCGAUGAUAUUGCAGAGACAGAAGACGACAAAGAGACACCCCCGAAACCAGACACUACAUCACAAAGCCCAUCCCCUUCCGCCUCUGAGGACGAGGAUGAGGACUGUAUCGAUCCAGACCGUACGAAACCAAGGAACGCAUCAUUACCUACUAGCAACAUCGCCAACGAGGACGACGACGAAGACCUCAACCCCAAACCCACCACAGCGAAACUAGGGAAAGCCAAACAAAAAAAGGCCAAAAAAAUAGCAGCACAACAAGCAGCUUCUUCUACGGAUGCCCAAAACAAGUGUACACAUUGUCAGGCUAUGUUUUCUUCGCGGACGCAACUGUUCUCGCACUUGCGGGAAAUAGGACAUGCUCAGCCGGCGCAAUCCAGGUCGAAGGGGAAGAAAUCUAGAAAAUAA